AUGGGCAGAGAAGAAAGUGGAGAGGUACUUUCCCGUGAACCACUCAUCUUCCGCCCAUCACUUCUCUUGUCAUUGCCCAAUGCGUACGAUGGUCUCUUCAGUCAUUUCUUCAAUCGCAGUUGUUUGGGGUGUGGAACGGUUCCAUCGAGGGCAUUCAUUUGCUUGCUGUGUUCGCAACUCGUUUGCGUCGGUGAUUGCUGCAAGAUAACACAAUCGGAUAUGGAUCAAGAGGAUCAUAUAUCGAAUGAAGUUGAUAGGCACGUUCAACAAUAUGAGCACGGUGUGGCGCCAUUUUUGGUCCUCAACUCCUCACUGAUCGUCAUCGUGAAGAAAGGGAGGGGUUUGAUUUGGGGAACUGUUUAUUUGGAUGUGCAUGGCGAAGAGGAUCGAAUGCUGAAACGGGGGAAACCGCUGUAUCUGAGUGAACAAAGAUGGGAAGCCCUUCAAAGAGACUGGGUGGAGAAGGAUUUCACGCGUGCCUCGAGCCCGUGGAUUGACAUUGAACGGUUUUACCAAUAUCUACGGGAUCCCAGCAUCUACGAGUAUCGAUACAUC